AUGACAAAGGAUAAAAAGGAAACAAUGGAGAAAAAGAAACGGGAUAAAAAGUCGAAUAAGGAAAAAUCUGGUAAGAAGAAAGACAUUUCAGCAGACGCUGCACCAACAACAGGGGAAUGCAUUCUACUAAAGAAGAUAAGGGAUAAGAAAAGGAAGGAGUAUUCUGAAGAGGAAGUCAAGAAAAUUUACAACUCAACGGCGCAAUCUCAGGCGGAUGUGUCUGCAUACGAGGCAUUCAUUUAUCCAAACAAGGUAAAAUUUAAGCCGCUUAGCAAGGCAAAGAAAUUAAAAUCGAUUUACUACACGAAUAUUGCCCAAAUGGUUCCAACUCCUGAAAACAAGUGUUCCUUUCUUCUAUAUGUACCCAAGUCCAAAAAAGUCAAACAAUUUACCGGUCUCUUCACUUGGCGUGAUCCCCAAAUUUGCAACAUUUUUCAGAAAGCUGUUUUUGAAGUUAAUCCAGAGGCUUUUAAGUGCACGGAUCGCGUCAGCAACAACGCAGAACCCAAAAUUCAAAAGACACAUCCCUCGGAUAACCGUCAAAUCAGCAGAGGAAGCCCGUCAGAGGACGAACCCUGGAGGAAUCCGCAGUUUCACAGUUCUCGCUUUUCCUCAUUAUCCACAACAAAGGAAUCAGGUUUGAAUGGCGUGAAAACGAUGAAGGGAAUGUCAGUAACUUACACUCACUACUGUCCAAGGCGGUGUUACUACCAGGAUGGUGAGACAAAGUUCAACUUUCACUUGGAAACAUCCUCAACAUCUGCUUGCUCAAGUGACAGUUAUGAUGAUAAGGAUUCUGACGGUCCCGACUUCAUCUGUCGUGAUAAGUCCUCUGUUUUCUAUGGGGAAAGGAUGUCACCCAGAUCACAGUAUAUAGACCGAGUGGUGAGGGAAACAAUGCAAGUGAUGAACUAG